UCAUUUGAAAAACCAGUGACGUUUUCUUCAAAUUGAAGAAAUGUUUGGCCAGUACAAUUUACAGCUGCUGCAUCAGGAUCACGCAUGAGCAAGGAGAUGUAAAAAUCGUUCAAUUCCACGAAACCUUCAAAAAACAAAAGAAAUACCGGAAACAUUAGAAGCUUUUAAAUUGUAAAAACCGUAGGAGCAAGGAGACUCUGUAAAAGUAGAUGUGGCAAUCAAGAAAUUUGGGAAAUUUUUUGAGACUCUCAAUGUCCAUGGCAAAGGUCAAUCUGGCCAUCGACAUCGCCGAUUAUCACCUACGUCCAUCGAAAAUUACCUGGCGGUCGAAUCGCAUCCGUCCCGACGCGGUUUUUCCCCAAAAAAGCAGAAGGUGGGGGCAAAUCCGUUGGGAACGACCGGAUUGGCCGAGUGAAAGUUACAAAUAUUUUUGAAGUGGACAUAAAUGAAAAUAUCGCACGUUGAGGAAGUUUAAAUCGCGCGCGUUUGUUCUCUGGUGCAAGUUGAUCAUUAUAUAGUUCGGUGCGAGAGUGUAGUGGUCAUGAAGGAUAUAGUGACCAAUUGGAAUAAGUUACUGGGACGCUCCUACUCGGCGGUGAACAGAAGUGAUUGCCCUACCCCCAAAUCCCCUAGGAACGUCGCCCUAAAUAUCGUCCAUGGAAGAUUUAAGCGUAUUCUAACGUUGGCAUUUUUCGGACUCGUCACCUUCGGAUCGGGAAUUCUGAUUCUGCUCGUGCAGCCCUACGAUCUCCUCUUCAAAUUCAAAAACGUCCUCAGCGAUGGAGGCGAAAUCUUCGAGCUUUGGCGGAAGCCGCCCGUCGACCUCUACCUCAGGGUGUUCCUCUUCAACGUCACCAACAGGGACGCGUUCCUGAACGGCGAGGAGAAGCUGAAGGUCCAAGAAGUAGGGCCCUACGUUUACAGGGAAAUCAUGUCACAUGAGGAGGUCAGAUUUAACACCAAUGGGACAAUGUCGACGAUACCGCAGCACCCACUCGUUUGGGUCCCCGAAAUGUCAGAGGGUAACCGUGAGGAUGACCGCCUGGUGUUGCCAAACAUCGCGCUCCUGAGCAUCGCCCAGGUCGUCUCGACGGAAUCUUUCGUCACCCGUCUCGGUCUGAACAUCGUGAUCAGACAGACAGACACGCAACCCCUGGUCGAGAUGACGGCGAGGGAGUUCAUGUUCGGAUACGAGAGCACGAUAAUGUCGCUCGGAUAUCAGUUCUUGCCCAGUUGGAUUUCGUUCGAAAAGUUGGGGUUAAUCGACAGGAUGUACGACUUUGAAGGUGACUACGAAACGAUUUUCACAGGCGAGGGUGACACAAUAAAUUCAGGGCUUUUGGACACUUACUGCGGCUCAACCAAGAUACCACAGUGGGAAGGUCACUGCGGUAACAUCCACAAAGCGGCAGAUGGCACCAAAUUUCGAGGCAACAUUAAAGAGAACGACACCUUGCUAUUUUUCCGAAAGAGUAUGUGCCGCGCCUACAACUUGGUACCAGUAAACAAGACCACAAUUGCGGGCCUAGACGGUAACGUGUACCAUUUCGAGACCAACUCGCACGACAACGGACUAAACCGAUCGGAGAACUCCUGCUUCUGCAAGCGAACCCCUUGCAUGCCCGCGGGACUGCUGGACGUGCACGGCUGCUACUACGGUUUUCCGAUCGCCACCAGCUUCCCGCACUUCCUGGACGCCGACCCCAAAGUGCGAGAAAGCGUCGAAGGUACCAACCCCGACCACGACAAGCACCACACCUACUUCGUAAUCGAGCCGAAAUCCGGCUUGCCCCUCGAAAUAGCCGCCCGCUUCCAAAUCAACAUGGUCUUCGGCGACCUAGAGUCGAUGGCGCACGUCGAGCAAUUCUCCAACAUGAUCCUCCCGCUGCUCUGGACCGAAAACCGCCUCUACGGCCUCCCGGACACGCUCCAGUCCCGCUUCCGCCUGUACCUCAACGUCGCACCCGUCGUCGAAGUCGCCACCAUGUACGUCUCGUUCGUGCUCGGCACCCUCCUCCUCUCGUUCGCCUGCUGGCAGUACACGAAGAAGAUCAGGACGAUGACCCGCCCCAAAACCACGUGGAUCGACGAGUACGUCGAGGAGGACGUCAUCGGAAACGGUCGCGUUUACAACGCGCUCACGCGAGCGUCGCUAAGCGACAAGGAGCUGAAGACUUACUACGGCAGCCUGAUCACGCCCCUCAAUCAGCAGAUCGACGGCGACCAUAAGGGCGACGAGGAAGACGUCUAGUCGAAGAUGUGCCAGAAAAGCGCCUGUGAUUGUGAAUGUCUGUGAUACGGUGGCGGAGGCAUUUGCUCAAAUUAUUAUUAAUUUAUUAUUAGUCUAAGCGGUUUAUUUAAUAAAGAUUCUUACAUCGAG